AUGGCGAUGCUGUCUCUACCUUCUCCAGUCUUGCAGUACGAGGAAGCACCCAGGUACCGUGUAAAAAAACGAUUCGCUCGUUCACAUGACCCGAAUGGACGGACGCAACGCCGGGUCUCUGCCUGCCCCAAUCUCGACUCAGACCAUAGUCCUCCGGCGAUCUCGGCUUCCUCUUCCUCAACACCUGCGCCGCCUGGUCCACGGGAGACAGUCCCACCCCCGCCAGUGCCGCCUCGCUCUCCCCGCUCGCGGCCACCUCCAACGCCUCCUCCCACGCCUACGCCCACCCCGGAUCCCACCUUCUUCGACGACGUCGUCGACGUCGUUGCCAACAAAUACGGCUGGGACCUCGACGCCGAGGUCCGGGUCUGGCCGCUCGAUGCCGAGGACGCGCUCGUUGGCGCCGUGCAGCGCUACGAGUUUCGCGCCCGCGCGGGGGGCGCCACGGUCGCGCUGGCGUGGGCCUCUGAUGGGGCAGUCGACUGGAGCCGCCCCGACGCCCCCGUGGUGGAGGAGGUGGUCGGGCUCGACGGGGUCGAAUUCGUCGCCGGCGACGACACUCUGAGGUUCGGCUUCGGCGUCGAAGGACCUGAAUCCUUAAUUGCAGAACCAAAACAGAGCAAGAGCAGUUUGUGUUUACAAGCGGGAGAGAGAAAAGGGAUUGGGGAGGCGGGGGCCAAGCCAAAUCAAUCAUUCAGGAUGACGAGUUUCUGGAGCCAAAUCGACAUGCGCCCUAUCCUCCUCCCGAAUUCUGCUCCUCCAGUGCACAACAUCAUCCCUACAGCACUUCAGCGUGGCCUCCAGGGAAGGAGAAGCCCCUGUGAACACCACCGUCCACCGGUAGAUAUGUAUGCUUCUGCUUGGUACAUGUGAACAGGGAGACAAGGAAUGGAAGCUGCAGCGGUAGUCGGCUGGUGGCCACACAUUGGCAAUCACUGCUUAGAUACGUGACUCCGGUCACCCAUUGUGAGCAGACUUUGGUCUUGAUAUGUUAGUCCAAGUGGAUAAAGAUUAUUAGGUGUUUAAUGUGAUGUGACUUCAUUGGUUGGACGUCAAUUAGGAUAUAUGUAGUACAUAGCCACCUAUGAUUUUUUCGAGUUGCCAUAUGAUGGAAAUCAGUAGCUUGAUUUGCUGUUCAACUACGUUUAGGAUAUGCGUGUGUGCGCGCUUUUGCUCAUUCUCACGAAAA